GACAGCCAAAUGCCUUCUUGGCCUCCAACCCACAAACCCACUAACAAACAGUACACAUCCACCCACAUAUAGAUCCCAGGAUUCACCACACUCCCACAGACCAUUAAAUCCAAUGUACACUCUUGUAGUCUAAAACCCAAAACUAUACCCAUCAUCACCCCAAUCACCUUAGAGCCUGCCUCUACCUUGACUAGCUCAGAGCCCAACACCACAUCAAUGCUUAUACAGCCUCCACUCUGACUAUUCCAGAGCCCACCACCUCCACCCUUACUACCCCGAGCCCAGCAGCACACGCCAACCACCCAAGAGUCCAUCACCAUCCCAACCACUCCAGUGUCCACCAUCACCCAAGUGUUCACUACCACCUGGGCAUCUUCCCAAAUAAGACCAUUUAAGAACUAUUCUUUACCACAGAACUCACUUUACUCUUAGAAUCCAUCACAAUGAUCCCAGAGUUGAACAGCUUCCUAACUGUCCAAGAGAUGGCUCAAAGAAAUUCUGACACUUUCAAAAGCGAUCCUUUGUUCAACUCUGAGUUCUGUUUCCUCCUCCCCCUGUGCUUCUAUAUUCUGUCUCUCCUCUGGCUAUUUGCCUCUGUGGUACUCAUCUUGUUGCUGAUCUGGAUCUGGCACAUAAAACCACACACUCUGGACUUGGGCCUCUCUGCUGCCUUGGCCACAAGCACACACACCAGUCUGGAGGUUCAGAGGGGAAGACAAGUAACUGUGACCCGGGCCUGGCUGCUCUUCUUUCAAGGGUCACUCCCUACUUUCCAUUCUAGCCUUUUCCUAUGGGUAAGGCCUAAUGGGCAUGUUGGGCCUCUGGUAGCAGGACGAAGGCCCUCAGUUCUCAGCCAGGGUCGUUGUCAGGACCUAUUGGGAACAGUGGGUAUUAGGUACUCAGACCACAGUCUGUGAAGGUGAGUACUUUGGAGAUCCUGAAAAACUGAAAAGGACUCUACUGGAAUCUAGCUGGGAGUAGGGGGAAAAUGAGACUGCCACAGGGACAUGCUAUUUACUUUUUUUUUUUUUUUUUUUUUUGUUUUGUUUUGUUUUUUCGAGACAGGGUUUCUCUGUGUAGCUUUGCGCCUUUCCUGGGACUCACUUGGUAGCCCAGGCUGGCCUCGAACUCACAGAGAUCCGCCUGGCUCUGCCUCCCGAGUGCUGGGAUUAAAGGCGUGCGCCACCACCGCCCGGCAACGCUAUUUACUUUUUUAUCUGAAGCCCCCUCUUCACAUCCAGACCUCAUACAUCAAGAGAAGCAGUGAGGCGAUGGAACCAGGUGGUCAUAGAACCAAGCUACCUAUGUUGCUUAGAGUAUUGCCAGGCCAUAUGGUCACUGUUACCAUUAUGGGGAAGAGCUAGAAAAGCAAAUAGAAAUAGAACUCGGUUCCCACAUGGAAGUAAACUUGAAAAGCCAUUAAUCAAGACAGGAGCACUAUCUCUAAGUAUCAUGAAUAUUUUUUCCCUGUAACACUUCUUAGUUUUCCACCAGCAUUUCCUGUAUAAUAAAAAUGUUUUUAAAAAGAAUGUAGCUUUCUUUGGGACUUGAGAACGGCUGGAACACUUGGUACAAGAAUUCCCAAGUCCUAACUGUCCCCACCCUGACCCCAACCACCCAACAAACCUCCAGUUGUAGCUGAGGGUGGGUAGGUGGACAUAAGGGGUACUUCCUCUACCUUAGUGAUUCUUCUGCAGGAUUUGAGGACCCACCAGGCUACCUCAAAUAUCAACCUUAGAUAGAACAAUGCCCUAGAGCUGAGAGCCGGUGCUAAAGCCUACCUGCCUGCAGCAGAGGUGUGUACAUUCCUCACACCCACAACCUCCAGAGCACAAGUCUCCACACUGGCCAGGUCAGGACUGGGAAAGGGUGUGGUGAGUUUGACUGAAGAGUCUUAGGUCUGUUCUUGCAAAGCUGGAUGUAACAGGACCCUCCUAUCCCCCAAACCCACUGAUUCUGCCAUUUGCUAAUCUCACCAUGAGGCCUUCUUCCAUACCUCCUCUCAGUGCAGUCCAGGGCUUGGGGCCCAGAGAAGGAAGGAAGUCAGCAUCUUUCUGGCUCUACAGACUGCCCUUCUCCAGAUGGUUCUAGACCUUCCUGUGAACCUGACUGAAUCUCUUUCAUGCCUUCAACUCAUCCAGGUAGAGGGCAAACCUCAGAGAUCAGCCAUCAAGGACUUCUCUUCAUGGACUCCACCCACCAGUCCAGCUUCAUCUCCCUUGGCACUGUGUCCUUGGACCACUGCAUGUCUCAUGGGUCACCUGUGUGAGCAGGGCUCCUCCUCUGAGCCUGUCCUCACUCUAGCUAGGAGUUCUGCCUCUGCCCUCCUACCCUCCUCCUAAACCUGACUGCUACCGCUAAGGAGUUCUGUCUUAAGCUGGGCAGGGUGCACACCACUGCUACAGCCAUUUCCAGAUGUGUCUGUCAUCCUCGUGCUAGACUUCAAACUCCUCCAGGUGCAGGGCUUCAAAUAACUCCAGGCAGCCACCUCUGGUGGCCUAGGACAGUGUGCAUGGAAGGACUAGGGAAGGAGUGGCCGGGGCCCCAGCACCCUCUUUUUGUGUUGAGGCUCUGCCAAGGGCACAGUUUGCACCUGCUGCCUGCCUGUUUCCCGGUCUGGCAUGCAGCCCUCAGGCUGCCCAGCACUCCUCCUGGUUUGACCUUCCCAUAUCUUUUUAUGGUCCACGAAGUUUGCAGGAUCCUUGAGGCCCUGGGAACCAUACUUAAGAAAUGGAUGAAAAAAAAUCACUUUCCCCAGCCAACCCAGUUUCUGAUCAAUAUUCUUUCUUUCAUCAAUCCUUGGGUUGCCUCCCAGUGUGCACCCUCCAGAGAUUUGGACUUCUCUCUCCACCCCUGUGGCUCCAUCCUACAGUCCAACUUAGUUCUUUUUCUCUUUUAAUUUUGUGUCCUGGAACUCAUGCUGUAGAGCAGGCCGGCCUGGAAGUCAGAGAGACCCACCUGCCUUUGUCUCAUGGGACUAAAGGUGUGCGCCACCGGUGCCCGGCUCUCCUUUUUAAUUUUUUGAGACAUGGUUUCUGUGUGUAGCCCUGGCUGUUCUUGAACCGACAUCUGCCUGCCUCUGCCUCCUGGGGUGAGAAUAAAGGCAUGUGCCGACACACCCCACUUACUUCAAUUACACUCCGCACCCCCUCCCUCUUUAUGCUGAAAAAGCAGUCAUGAGAUCCCAGAGGCCUUUCCUGAGAA